AUGCAUCACAGCAACAAGGGCAAUGAGAAGUCUGGGCGGUGGGAUUCCCUGCCAAUUGCGGUUGAGCCUCUGGACAAUCAGAAUCCUCACCAGAGGGCUGUUCUUGGGGAGCUGACUGAAAAUGGGCAGCGUCCGAGACCUUCUGUUCAGGGAGCAACCCUAGUGAGGCGCCCAUCUGGAUCCGAAAAUGUCUGCCCUACUUCUGUCAAGAGUAUGUUGCCAACCUGCAUGCCAUCCAAGCAAAGCUUUGCUGUUCACUUAGAUGAGGUGGAAGAAAGGAGUGGGUAUAGCUGUGCGGCUGUAGAAGAGUUGGAACCCAGCAUGUGUGAAGUUGACACCAGCACAAUAAAUCCUAGCCUUCACCUGCUGUUGAACUUAAGUACAGGAUCUCCAAUGUUGGUGGAUAGGUCAUUCCAGUCACACAGUGAAGAUCUUCAGGAUAAUAAAGUGGAUGUCAUGAGUGUCAUAGAAUAUGCAGAAGAUAUUCAUUGCUACUUGAGAGAAGCUGAAGUAAGAUACAGGCCCAAGCCAUGUUACAUGAGGAAGCAGCCUGACAUCACCUCAAGUAUGCGUGCCAUCUUAGUAGACUGGUUGGCAGAAGUUGGUGAAGAAUACAAGCUUCAGACAGAGACGCUGUACCUUGCUGUGAACUACUUGGACAGGUUUCUCUCUUGCAUGUCUGUCCUCAGAGGAAAACUGCAACUUGUGGGAACAGCAGCAGUUCUCUUGGCUGCGAAAUACGAAGAAAUUUAUCCGCCAGAAGUAGAAGAAUUUGUGUACAUAACGGAUGAUACCUACACGAAAAAGCAGCUGUUGCGAAUGGAACACCUGCUCCUUAAAGUGCUUGCUUUUGACUUGACUGUGCCGACCAUCAACCAGUUUCUCCUUCAGUAUUUGCAGAGGCAUGGUGUUAGUCUAAAGACUGCGAACUUUGCAAGGUAUGUAGCAGAGCUGAGUCUCCUUGAAGCGGAUCCAUUCUUGAAGUACCUUCCCUCGCAAAUGGCAGCAGCUGCUUAUUGUCUAGCCAACUACACUGUGAACAGGCAUUUCUGGCCAGAAACCCUUGCUGCUUUCACUGGAUACUCGCUAAGUGAGAUAGUGCCUUGUCUAAGUGACCUGCACAAGGCAUGCCUUGAUGCCCCUCAUCGACAGCAGCAAGCGAUAAGGGAGAAAUAUAAGCUAACUAAGUAUAUGCAAGUAUCCCUCUUGGAGCCACCUGCUGUUCUACCUCUACAUUGAGCUGCAGCAUGACAAUGAACUGCACAGAAGCCGAAGCACUUGCCUCCUGAUCAAUAGAAUUGAUCUGGCCCAUCUUAUUAUUAUUAAUAUUUUUUCACGGGGCA